UUCCUCCGAUGUGAAUCUUCUGAUAAGAAAAGAGCUUUCAGAAAGAGGACAGUCAUCAUUAUGGAUUCAGUGGGAGUGAAUGUGAUAGCAACUGCAGCUCUGGGGAGACCCUUCCAGCUGGGGAUGCUGUAUGACUGUAGAAAGGAUGCACUAAUACCAGGAAUCAGACUUUGGAAUAAAGAGCAGAUUCAGAUGAAUACAUCUACUUGUCCACAAAUCAAUACCGAUUACAAAGUCACAUCUUCAGACUCCUUUGAGGAAAAAUCGCACAUACUGAACAUUGACGGCGGUCUGAAAUUGAGUUUUUUAUGUGGACUCGUCAAUGUAACAGGAGCAGCAAAAUAUCUCAAAGACACCAAGAAGUCUUUCAAACAACAGAGACUGACUUUACAUUAUCAUUCAACCAGCAAGUUUGAAGAACUGACCAUUAAUCACUUGACUUCUGGAGAUACGGCUCACUACGAUGAGGAUCUCGCCACACAUGUGGUGACAGCAGUGCUGUAUGGAGCAGACGCCUGCUUUCUGUUUGACAGAGAAGUUUCAGCAGAUGAGGACAAAAAUACUGUAGAAGGAGAAUUAAAAGCUGCAUUUGAUAAAUUACAGAGCAUCAUUACAGCAGGUCCAAACAUUAAUCUGAGUAUAAAUGACUUUCAGACGACUGUAGUCCAAAAAUUCAGUUGUACAUUUUAUGGAGACUUUCAGUUACCGUCUAAUCCGACCUCUUUUGAAGAUGCUUUGAAGGUUUUUGAGGAUCUUCCAAAACUGUUGGGAGAAAACCAGAAACUUGCGGUUCCAUUGAGAGUUUGGCUUUAUCCUUUAGACAAACUCCUCUCAAGAGAUGUACAACUUCACAAAGACAUCAGCAUCGAUCUAAUCACAGACAUUGAAUCAGUGAUUGAGAGUUUAAACACAAUUGAGAUGAAAUGCAGUGAUCUUCUGAAAGACACGCCUGCUUUGACCUUCACAACAUUUCAUCAUAAGAUACAAAACAUGAAGCAAAACUGUUACAGGUACAAGAUGAGUGUCAUGAAGAAACUUGGCUUUCUGUUACCAAACAUCCGUGGGAAAAUGACAGAGGAAACGGCACUGACUGAUCUUCUACAUGAUCAUGAAGAAUCUCCAUUCAGAGGAAGUGAUCUUGAUCGAUGGCUGAAAGAGAAAGAGCAGGAAUCUGACGUCAUGAAAACAUUGCUCAGACAACUGAAUGACUCUGGAGCAAAAGUAGAAAACAACCUAAAUACAGUUUUAAUGGAUCUGAAAGUUGAAAAUGUUGUCAUGUACACUUUCACAUCAUUGGAGUGGCCAGAUGAGCUUCUUUCUAAACAAAAGACCUUCCUGAGUCCUUCAACGAAGGGAAAACAUGAUGUGAAAAUGUCUGAUUCCAGGCAAAACUCUUGGCUCACUUCUGACAUCCAAAAAAAAAUGAGGAGCAACUUGAAGAUAUUUAAAAACUUGAUUGAUACAGAACAGUGUAAAUCAGCCGAGUUUAUUGUUGCAUCAAAAGAAAUGGAGAAUAUUUCAGGUUCCUGCAUCCUCCUGUUUGAAAAUGGACAUGAUGAAGCCGUUUGUUUCACUCCUCCAUCAAAACCAGACUGUCCAAUCACUGAAGAGGUCAGAGGUGAUCGAGUGGUUUUGAAGGUAUCUCCAUCAUGUCCUGCUACAGUAGAACUCAAGUUACUGUAUAAAAUGAAGGAAGAGAGAGACUGGACAUCUCAAACUGUGCUGAAGGAUCAACAUACAGUUACUGUAACUGAUCUGAGAUCAGAAACUGAGUAUGAUAUUAAAUGUGCAGCAGUGGGGAAACUCAACUACACCAUUGAAUCUGAUGUCAUCAGAGUAAUUACACAGGAAAAACAAUAUGUCAAAAUUGAUAAAAUUAUCAAGAAAAGCAUCCUAAUUGAAGAUGGAAAUCCUGCUCGAUACCGUCUGAAACCGAAAGAAGACCAUCCUGAUGAAUCUGAACCAUAUAGAAAAAUAACAUUUGGGGAGAGAGACAAAAACAAACCCCAUAAAACGAUUCUGAUGGUGGGAGAAACCGGCACAACAACUCUGAUCAAUACUAUGAUCAACUUCAUCUUACGUGUUCAGAGAGAAGAUAAAGUUUGGUUUGAGAUCACAGAUGACCAGAGUGACCGAACAUCAGCUUACAGUCAGACCUCUGAUGUCACUGUCUAUGAUGUAUAUCUACAGGAGGGUUCAGUUGAUUUAACCAUCAUUGACACACCAGGAUAUGGAGACACUUGUGGUAUCGAGAAUGAUCAAGAGAUUGCUGUGAAGCUGCUCAGUUUAAGCAAAUCUGCAGAAGGAGUUCAUAAAAUACAUGCAGUGUGUCUGGUGAUAAAUGCAACACAAACACGACUCACUGACAGACAACGAUACAUAUUUGAUGCUGUUCAGUCUUUAUUUGGCAAAGAUAUUGCUGAAAAUAUUGUCUUGCUCUUCACACAUUCAACUGGAGCUCACCCUAAAAAUGUCCUGAUGGCCGUUAAAGACGCCAAAAUCAAGUGUGCUGUAAAUGACGAGAAUCAGCCCGUGUAUUUCCUGUUUGACAACCGUCAAUCAGAUCCCUUUGAUGAAGAAUCUCAAACAAUCCAGGAACAAUCAUGGAAACUCAGUUUUACAGGAAUGGAGGGAUUUUUCAAGUUCCUUGACAACAUCAAACCAAAAUCCUUAAAGUUGACUCAACAUGUUUUACAGAAACGGAAGCAGUUGGAGGCAAACAUCUCCAAACUACAAUCAUGUGUUCAAGUGAUAGAACAAAAAGAAAAGGAGAAGAAACAAACUCAAGAAGUUCUGGAGAAACACAAGAAAGAUGUUGAGGAGAAUAAGAACUUUGAGUUUGAAGUUGAAGUGAAAUACAAAGUAAAGGUUGAUAUUGAUCCUUCUGUAGCCAAAGAGGCGAUGUGCUGCACCAUCUGUGAGGAGAACUGUCACUAUCCAGGAUCCAGUUGGGUCAAAGAUCUCAUAUGGGGUAGUGUGAUGAAGAAUGAUCACUGUACAGUGUGCACAAAUAAAUGUCACUCCAACAAACAUGUCAAAGAAGACAAAAUAUAUGAAACAAAGACAAAGAAGGAGAAGAAGACUUUUUUUGAUUUAAAGAGGAAAUAUGAUGAUAUGAUUGGUGACACUGAGUCUCUAGUUAAAAAACUGGAAGAAGAUCUGCAAGAAUUAGAGAAAGAGAAGAUAAAGCUGGUGAAUGAAGCUUUUCAUUGUGUUGAAUGUCUGGAGAUGAUCGCCCUCAAGACUGAUUCUCUGUUCAUUCUUCAGCACAUUGAUUUUCUCAUUGAGAAGUUGAAGGAAAUCAAUGAACCUGAGAAAGCUGAAACACUGAAGAACAUCAAGAGGAGAGCAGGAGAAGAAAACACUGGAGCACUGGGAUAUGUGAAAAGGUUUUUCGUGAGAAAUUAACAUGAAUAAAAUCAAUCAGUAGAAAAACACUGAAAUAAAAUGUUUAAAUUACUUCUUUCAAAAACUGCAUUUUGAGGUGACAAAGCUAUAUUUUCGUUAUGUUCAAUGAUUGUAAUUGCAAUAUAUUAAUAUUUAUAACUAGCUCUAUAACUAAAUUUUUCUUUGUAUAAAGGAGUUCUAGAAAAUUCUUGUGUUCAGGGAAUCUAAUAGUCAAAUAAUAUCAAGUUAUUUUUAUUUGUAUAACAC